AUGGCGCCCCCCACCGCACUGCUGGCCGCCUGCAUCCUCUGGUUCCUCAACCUCCCCAUGACACUCUUUACGUCCCUCGUGUUCCCCUUCUUCAUCAUCUCACGCCACUCCAACACCCCCGAGUCGAUGACGGCCGUCUGGCUGCUGCCCAUCGUGCCCUCGAACGUCGCGGCGGGCUCGGCCGGCGUGCUGGCGGUCGCGCACGCGAGUGCGGUGGGCUCGGAGGUCCUGCAGCACACGAGUACCGUGCGCGCGGUGAUCUUCAUAGGCAGCCUGCUCUUCUCGUAUGGCCUGCUGCUGACACUGACCAUCACAACGAUCUACUGGCACCGGCUGAUGGUGCACCACCUGCCGCCUGCGGCGCAGCUGAUAUCCUCGUUCCUGCCUGUGGGCGCCCUGGCCAUGUCAGCGUUCUCCGCCAUAAACCUCGGAUCGGCCGCCCUCUUCAAGUUUCCCGAGGCCGACCCCUCCCUUGGCGACAUAUCCGUGUCGCUGCACGCGACCGGCCUGUUCCUGGGCAUCAUGCUCUGGGCAUAUGCAAUGUGGUGGAUGGUGGUGGCGGCGGCGUCCGUCGUCGAUAAUCUGCGCCACCUGUCGUUCAACCUCGGGUGGUGGGGCAGCGUCUUCCCCACAGGCAAGCGGGGGAAGCGGUUUCGCACCAUGUCAGUCCUCACCGGCCGCAUCGCCCACCUGUUGGGCCUGGAGGCCUUGAAGGUGGUGGCGGUGGUCUUCACAGCCAUCAACGUGUCCCUAUGGCUGGGCGUGUCCAUCAUGACGUUCAAGAAGGGCUGGAAGGGGCGGCUCUUCUACGCGCCCUGCCUCCACACCUUUGAGCAAGCCGUCGCUGCCGCCGCCGCCGACAAGGACGAUCGCGCGGUUGCGCGCGCCCGCAGCGAGCUGCUGUGCUCGGACCCCGGACUGUCUGGACUGUACGAUGCAGAGGUGCACGGCGGCGGCGCCGCCGUCAACGGCGCCGACAGGGGGCCGCGGGCGAUCCCGGAAGGGGACGAGGACACGCGCGGCCCGCGGGGCUGCGGCGAGGGCCGCGCGUCUUCUGUAUCGAAGGCGUCCGAGGAGCAGGUCUGA